AUGGAUGGCUCAACAUGGACGCAACUACGUGACGAUGUUGAGAAGAUAAGGCGUUUCAAGAUAUUCAAGGACAAUGUAAAUUACAUAGACAAAGUCAACAAUGAAGGGAAUCGCACUUACAAGUUAAGUGUCAAUGAAUCUGCAGAUUUAACAAAUGAAGAAUUCAUUGCCACUCGUACUGGAUACAAGAUUUCCAACCAGCCAACUUCACGUAAAACAACUUUCAGAUACGGAAACCUAACUGAAAUUCCUACGACUAUAGAUUGGAUAGAGAGAGGAGCUGUUACACCCAUUAAGAACCAAGGAACGUGUGCUUCGAUAAGUGCAUUUGAUGACGUACCUUCCAAUGAUGAGGGGGCAUUACUACAAGCAGUGGCCAUCCAACCAGUUUCUGUUGCCCUCGAGGGUUAUGGUCCUGACUUUCGAUUUUAUAGCAGCGGAAUUUUUACAGGACAAUGUGGUACCGAUUUAAACCAUGCUGUUACUAUAAUUGGAUGGAGAAAGGGAUUAUCAGUCACAAAUAUUACUUUCACCCACUCUCCAUUUUGGGUCCAAGUUUGGGGACUUCCCUUUGAGAAUAUGUCUGAAGAAGUUGGAAGGGAUUUAGGUAGCAGUUUGGGAAAAUACAUUGAGACCGAUAAGCGGUCCUGGAUGUCGGAACAGGCUAAAUUCAUGAGGGUACGUGUGGAUUUACCCAUUAAUAGGCCGCUGCGAAGGGGUGGCAACAUUGUUAACCCAGAAGGUGAGAAGUUCUGGUACGGUGACUGGUUACGGGCAAAUGGGGGUCUGAAAAGUGGAAGUGAGAAGCCAAAAGUCUCAAGUGGCGAUGGUUAUGAGGCACGAAAGGAGGGUGGCUCCGUUGACCGGCAAACACCUUCGGCCACUGAUUCAAUGGACAUGGAAGCAGAGCAGGUAGAACUCCCAAGGACCAUUCAAAUUCAAAAUCAAAAUCCCACACAUCCCAAGAACACGCAACCAGGACAUGGUGGUGUUUCUGCCAAGCCAUCAGUCAAGUCACCAGCUAGAAAUCCGGCAAAAGUUGACAAGGUGCCAAUUGUUCACCACCUGGCCGAUUCCACCUCUGAUCACUGCCUUCUUGCUAUCACUGACUCACUCCCUCCAACCCGUAAAGGUAUUCGCCGUUUCCAUUUUGAGGCUAUGUGGAUCGAAAGGGAGGAUUGUCGUGAGGUGAUUGAAGCUGCAUGGCAAUCGGGCUCUCUCUCCACCACCCCUGAAGGGGUUGCUUCUAAUCUCCAACGUUGUGCAAGUGCUUUGGCAAGUUGGAAUCAGACUGUGGUAGGCGGUAUACCAAAGAAAAUUGCAGAGAAAAGAAGAAUUCUUAAUUCCAUUACCACUGUUGAUCAGCAAGGUGAUAGAGGGGCAGAGAUUAAUCAGCUUAGGGAGGAAAUAAAUGAUCUUUUGGACAGUGAGGAGACCAUUUGGCGACAACGCAGCAAGGUUCAUUGGUAUAGGGAUGGAGAUAGAAACACUAAGUUUUUUCAUGCCCGUGCUUCGGAAAGGAAGAGAAAGAAUACCAUUUUGGGGCUUUGGAAUGAUGAUGGGAUUUGGUGUGAAAGCAAGGAAAGUAUCACUGCCACUGCUAUUUCUUACUUUAAGAAAAUUUAUACCACCUCUUCCCCCACUGGGAUCAAUGAAGUCAUAAGUGCAAUCCCUAGGCGUGUCACAGAAGAAAUGAACAUAGAGCUCACCAAAACUUUCACAAGUGAGGAAGUCUUGAAAGCUCUGCAGCAACUCCACCCCAACAAAGCACCUGGGCCAGAUGGUAUGUCCGCAAUCUUUUUUCAUAAUUAUUGGGACAUUGUAGGAUCUAAUAUCAUUAAUAUGGUCUUAAGUGUGCUGAACUCUAAUCUGCCUAUGACUGAUAUAAAUAAGACUAACAUUUCCCUCAUCCCAAAAACCAAUCAACCCACCAAAAUGACUGAAUUCCAUCCCAUCAGCCUUUGCAACACUACCUAUAAAAUCAUUUCAAAGGUCCUAGCCAAUAGACUCAAAGCCAUUCUUCCAAACAUCAUAUCUGAGAACCAAAGUGCUUUUACCCCCGACCGCCUAAUCACGGACAAUGUCCUUGUAGCCUUCGAGUUCAUGCAUUAUCUAAAUCAUAAAAGUGAAGGAAAAGAAAACUAUAUGUCUAUUAAACUAGAUAUGAGCAAGGCAUUUGAUAGGGUAGAAUGGAAUUUUAUUAAAGGUGUGAUGGUAAAGUUGGGCUUUGUGGAUAAAUGGAUUGACCUUGUUAUGAAUUGUGUCUCCUCUGUUUCUUACUCAGUGCUUAUAAAUGGAGAGGCUUGUGGGAACAUUUCUCCUUCAAGGGGCAUCAGGCAGGGAGACCCGCUCUCCCCUUGCCUUUUUCUCCUUUGUGCUGAGGGGUUUUCAGCCCUCAUUCAUGAAGCUGCCAGGAAUCAACAAAUAAAUGGAAUUUCCAUUUGUAGAGGCUGCCCUUUGAUCACCCAUUUCUUCUUUGCUGAUGACAGCCUUUUGUUUUGCAAAGCAAAGGUUCAAGAAUGUCACGCACUCAUAAGUAUUCUCAACAAAUAUGAAGAGGCUUCGGGGCAGAAAAUCAACACUGAUAAAUCUUCAGUUUUCUUUAGCCCAAACACCCCUCAAGACUUAAAGGAAAGCAUUCUUGACAUUCUUGGUCCUAUGCAAGAUUCUCGGCAUAAUAAAUAUCUGGGGCUGCCCUCCAUCAUUGGGAAAUCAAAAACACAAGUGUUUGCCGAAGUUAAGGAUAGAGUAGCUAAAAAACUUGCUGGCUGGAAGGGUAAACUCCUUUCAAUUGGUGGGAGGGAGAUCCUUAUCAAAGCGGUGGCUCAAGCGGUGCCUACAUACACUAUGAGUUGUUUUCAACUUCCUAAGACACUUUGCCAUGAUUUGGAAAGUAUGAUGCGGAGUUUUUGGUGGGGGCAAAAGGAUAAGGAGAACAAAAUUGCGUGGGUCAGUUGGAAGAGAAUGUGUCGGUCCAAAUUUCAUGGUGGUAUGGGCUUUCGAAACAUACAAGCCUUCAACCUUGCCAUGUUAGCUAAGCAAGGUUGGAGAAUUCUCACCAACCCAGACUCCCUAGUGGCUCAAGUCUUCAAAGCAAAAUACUUUCCUUACAACGAUAUUCUCAAUUCCAAAAAAGGGAGCAACCCCUCAUAUGCUUGGCGAAGCAUUCACAAUAGUCUUGAGGUAAUCAGAAGGGGCACAAGGUGGAGAGUGGGCAAUGGACGUCGUAUCCAUAUUUGGGAAGAUAGAUGGCUGCUUACGCCAUCAACCCACAAGGUGUUUUCCCCCCAAGUAGCCUUUGAAGACUAUCCCAUGGUUUCUUCCCUCAUAGACAUUGACACUAAAUGGUGGAAAAUUGAUGUGAUUAGAGCCACCUUUUUGCCUCACGAAGCCAGCACCAUUCUAAAAAUCCCUAUAAGCUACAACCUACCCAAGGAUAGCCUUAUUUGGAUAGGCAACAAAGGAGGAACAUUUUCUGUCAAGAGUGCAUACCACAUUGCUAUGGGUUUGGUGGAUUCAAGUGAGGAUGGAGAAAGUAGCUCAAGCUGCUCAAGGACUUUACUGUGGAAACGGAUUUGGCAGCAAAAAGUUCCUCCAAAACUCAAAAUCUUUGCUUGGAGGACAUGUGUUAAUGGUCUUCCAACUAUGCAAAAUCUAAACCACAGGGGAAUUCAUUGUUUUAGCUUCUGCCCAUUAUGUGAUAAAGUCUUUGAAACCACUGUCCACGCACUCCUCCACUGUGAUCAUGCAAAAAUGACUUGGGGUUUCUGGCACAACUGUCCAAUUGAUCUCUCUUAUCCUUAUUGUGACUUGGUGGAUGUGGCUCUUGACUUCAUUGCAAAAGGCUCUCCAAGUGAUCUAGAACUUUUCUUUGCUGUUGCUUGGUCAGUUUGGUGGAAUCGUAAUCAAGCAAUCCAUGAGGAUUCUGGUUCUCCUCCUCUUCAAGCUUGGGAAAUGGCUUGCAAAGUUAUAGCUGAAUACAAGGCAGCCUGCUCCUUUCCGAUUUUUGCUCAAGCCCCUCCUUUGACCAUUUGGAAAGCUCCCCCCUUAGGCUUCUACAAAGUCAAUACAGAUGCAGCUGCAUCUAAUGAUGAGAGAAAUUCCUGCAUUGGUGUGGUCAUCCGUGGCUGCAAGGGUGAAAUUCUGGCAGCUUCUUCCAAGGUCCUCCCAGCAUGUUUUUCUGCUGAGAUUUCAGAGGCUAUUGUUGUUCUGGAAGGUGUGCUUCUUGUAGUGAAAAUGGAGGUUUCUCAUGUUAUUAUUGAGUCCGAUGCCUUGUCCAUUAUUCAAGCUAUCAAUGAUGGGGUCUUUGGUGGUGAGAUUGGUCACAUUGUUCAGAAUAUUUGGGAAGUCUCUUCUUGUUUUAACUGGUGUUCCUUUCAUCAUUUGAAAAGGGAAGGCAACAGAGUUGCCCAUGAACUUGCAAAAGCUGUUAGGAUCACUGAUAAGUCACAGGUCUGGGAAAGAGCUAUUCCAAGCAAGAGGAGCGGAGAAGAGAAAAGGGCAAAGUUUAUUGGUGAUGGGUAUUUCGGUAUUUUCAAUAUUGCAACGUUGCGUUUUGAGCUUACCAAACGCAAAACUGGGUUGAUCUUUUUUGAAAAAGCGCUUUUUGGGCUUCAAAUGCUGAACCAAACGGGCACUAAGUAG